AUGGACAUAAUAUGGAGCUCGGCGAAGAACGAGGUCGCCAUUGGGCUGGACCUCAAGUCGACGACGGGCGCCGACUCACCAUGUGUCUCGUGCGUCGGCGGGAAGCUGGCGCGGCACACCUUCCCCGACCAAGGCUCCGACGCCGACGACGUGCUGGCCGUCGUGCACAUCGACCUGUGCGGGCCGUUCCGCGUGGCUGCCAAGGACGGCAGCCUGUACUUCUUGCUGCUGAGGGACCGCAAAUCCCGCUUCGUGUGGGUGAGGCCGGUCGCCAAGAAGUCGGAUGUGCUGCUGGAGUUCCAGAGGUGGCUGGUGUUGGUGGAGAGGUGGGGCCUUCACCUUGGCGUGUCGGGGGAGAGCAAGGGCUGGGAGCUCCUCGACAUCGACGCCAACCGGGUGGCCACCACGUCGGACAAGGUGUUCUACGAGGAUAUAUCGCUGGAGGUGUGGAAGUCGGAGAACGGGCCGGUGUCAGGUCGGACGCCGACCACCUCACCGACCGUUACCUCGACGGCGACGCUGCCUCUGCUUGCCGAGGUCGGUGAGCUUGCUGAUGAGGACGCCGAGGUCGUCCGUCCUCCUUCCCCUUCCCCUACGAUCCCUCCCCCUCCCCUCGUGGCCGACCUGCACGGGCUGACUCCUAUGUCGGCCUCCGGCAAUGAGGGGAGUAGUGGGACGUCGCCUUCGCCGCCGGCCAAGGGCCUCGCCGGUGGCCGUCGUGACGAGCGGCAAGUCGACGUGGGAUUGAAGCCGACGUUGCUAGGGGAGGAGCAGGUCGAGGAGAAGUCGACCGAGGUGCAGCAGGGCGACGAGGGCAGCGAAGCUGGUGACGAAGGGGAGAAGUCCACCGACAGCGACGUGGUGGAGGUUUGGCCUGAACCCCGGAAGUCAGGCCGACUUCGGAGGCCACCCGACUUCUUCGUCCCCGCUGCCUUCACCACGGUGUAUGACGUGGAGGACGACGACGACUUGGCGUAUGACGACGCCGAGGAGGAUGAGGAGUUUCCGGAGCUCGACCUCGACAUGCUGGCCAACCUUGAGCACCGUUGGGACAUCUCGACGAUGACGGUGAAGGAGGCUUUGGCGAGCUGGAAGGGCCCGGUGGUGAAGGCCGCCAUGGAGGAGGAGAUCCGCAACCUCAUCAACAUGGGCACCUGGGAGCUGGUCGAACGCCCGCCGGGGGUCAACAUCAUGAAGAACCGGUGGGUGCUGAUGACGAAGUACCACGUCGAGGACACCGUCGAGCGCGAGAAGGCGAGGCUGGUCGUGAAGGGCUUCACGCAGGUGUACGGUGCCGACUACGACAAGACCUUGACAUGA